UUGACGUUAACCUAAAAAAGAUUUGGUUUUCUGUAAUGUAUAAUUGACGUGUACAAUAUGUACAAUUAAUCAGUAUUAUAUUAACAAAUUCUUCAAAAAUUCAACAAAUUCAAUGUUACUGCCGAAAUGGAAUACUUGAAAAGCGGUCUUAAGUCGGUACUGGGGGGCCCUCAGCCAGGAACACAACCGACGGGGGCCGAAACCGUUGAAAAAUUAGUUCAUCGAGUCACAUCUUCCACAUUAUUAGAAGACCGACGCAAUGCGUGUCGUGCACUUAAAGCUUUAUCUAAAAAUUAUCGUCUCGAAGUUGGGGCGCAAGGAAUGGACGCCCUGCGGCAAACUCUCGAAGUUGAUCACGCUGAUUGCGAAAUAAUCGGCUACUGCCUGGACACACUGUGUAACAUAACGUCGGUGGAGAACUUCGAAGAGGAAAAGGAAGGUGGGGUGCGGUUAAACGUUAAUGUCGGCGAGCAAUUUACGGAGAUGUUUAUAAAGAAUCCCGAUAAUGUGUCUUUGGUGCUCAGUUUUUUGGAGGAGUACGAUUUUAGAGUACGUUGGCCCGCCGUGAAAUUACUGACGUCAUUACUGAGCAACAAGCCGAAGGACAUACAAGAGAUCAUACUGGUCAGUCCGAUGGGCAUAUCAAAAUUGAUGGACUUACUCGCCGACAGCCGAGAGGUGAUUAGAAACGACGCCCUGCUGCUUCUAAUACAGCUGACGAAGGCAAACGCGAAUAUUCAGAAGAUCGUCGCGUUUGAGAACGCCUUCGAUCGGCUGUUCGAGGUGAUGCGCGAGGAGGGGUGGUUGGAUGGGGGGAUUGUCGUCGAGGAUUGUCUCCUUUUGAUGUUGAAUUUGUUGAAGAAUAAUACGAGCAAUAUCAAUUUCUUCAAGGAGGGCUCCUAUAUACAGAGGUUGGCGCCGAUGUUCGUGAUACCGGAGAACAUCGAGGAGACGGGCUGGUCCCCACAGAAGGUGUCCAAUAUUCACUGUGUGUUGCAAUUAAUUCGCACGUUGGUGUCGCCUCAUAAUCCUGUGCAGAUUACGAGUGUGUGCCAGAAGAAUAUGAGGAACGCAAAUUUGUUAGAGGUUCUCUGUGGCAUCCUAAUGGAGAGCGGUGUUCCGGCCGAUAUUCUAACUGAAACGAUUAAUACCGUGGCCGAAGUCAUACGCGGCAAUUUAAACAAUCAGGAGUACUUCUGUACGGUAAACGCGCCGUCAAAUCCUCCGCGACCGGCCAUUGUCGUUCUGCUGAUGUCAAUGGUGAACGAAAAGCAACCGUUUUUGUUGCGCUGUGCGGUUUUGUACUGCUUCGAAUGCUUCCUUUUUAAAAACGAAAUCGGUCAGCAGCAAGUCGUUCAGACCUUGCUACCGAGCACUAAUAACAACAGUAGCUUAACGACGGGACAAUUAUUGUGCGGGGGUGUUUUUAAUUUGGACCCUUUAAGUAAUUGGUUUUCAUCGGUCGCGCUAUCACAUACACUAAUUGAAAAUCCCGCGCAAAAGGAGCAGCUACUUCGUGUGUUACUCGCGACGACUUUAGGCACGCAGCCGGUAAGUUUACUCCACCAGUGCGCCACGUUUCUCCAACAAACCACCAAGUUACAAUCGAAAAUUGGACUGUUAAUGCUACUGGCGACCUGGAUGGCACAUUGUCCUCCCGCCGUCUCGAUGUUCCUGAACGUACCGGGCGCAAUGGCCUUCCUAACCGCUCAGUCGUCCGCGACCGAGUUCGACAACAACGAGGAAGUCCUACAAGGCAUGUGCGCGUUCCUAAUGGGCAUUUGCGUCGUGUUCAACGAUAACAGCGUACCGAACUACUCCAAAGAGAAUUUGUCGCAGUUGAUCGAGAAACGUAUCGGAAUCGAAACCUACAUUUCGAAAUUGAGCGACAUAUCGAGGAACGAGAUGUACGCGAAGGCCGCGAAACAGCCGCAACUGAAGGCGAAGUACCCCAACGAUCUUCUGCUCGAAUUCGAGUUCUGUAAACUGUUUAAGGCGCUUGAGAGUACCAUCGUUAAAACUUUAGGCGCACAGAAACAGUUAUCGAACGGAAUGACCGAACUCAGCCUAAGCGAGCAGGAGAACGGGUUGCUGUUGCAGUACAAAGACGUGAUUCGCGAUCAGGACCGACGUCUACAGGAGCUUCAGCGCGAACUGAGCAAAGUUAGAGCGGAACACAACGAUCUCCACGUUCAAAGCGAGGAGAUACGUAUAGCCAACCUGCAACUCCAAGAUGAGAACACCUUACUCAAAGCCCAACUGUCGGCGGGUGCCGUGCAUCCGUUACCGGAUAAUGUGCCAUUGAUCGAAAACGGUGUCGGCGACGACCGCGAUUUACUAGCGAAAAUAAAGCAGUUAGAGGGAGAGAACUUAGAAAAGGAUGCCGAAUUGGAGCGUCUACAUAAGGAUCAGGAUGACCUGCUUGAGCUACUCACCGAUCAGAGUUCGAGACUGAACGCAUUUAAAGCACGACUGCGUGAAUUAGGUGAAAAUAUUGAGGACGAUGAUGAUUCCGAUGUAAAUUCUAUUGAUGAAAACGAUGUAAAGUAAUUAGAUUUAUGUAAUGCGAGGUAUGGCUAGUGAAGUGAUGUAUGAAUGUAAUAGUUUUAGGGAUUAGAAAUAACAAAUUAUUUAUACCAAUUACAAAGUACUAAAUUGUGCGGCUCGAAUGGCAUUUUAUAAUUUUUUUCCUUAUUUGUAUCUGAUUCAGAUGAUAUGGAAGUCUAUUACUAAAAUGCCAAUUGAUUGUCCUUCCUGUAUUUAUUUGCAUUUAUCUGUAAUAAAACAUCUCUUCCGUU